CAUAAAUACUCCCUCCAUUGCCCUUCCCACUGUCACCAUUCUCUGCGCCUUCUCACACUGCAACAUUUUCCUUUCCAUUCUCAGAGCUUUAGUUUCAAGCGAGUACGGAACUCAGUUGUUGAUAAGCUGCUACCUCAAAACCAUUGACAGAAAAAGAGUUGGGUGAAGUGGAAGUUUGAUAGACACUAGUUCAAUUUGUUCUGAAUACUCCUUAAAGGUCUUACAUUGUUGCUUGCUUCACUUGAAAUUGUGGAUAGACCUGGAUCCAAUGGACUUGAAGACAAAUCUUACUCCUGUCCUUACUGAUACCACACCCUUAACAAGGUCAAGGCUUGGUGUGCCUUCAGGUUUGUCACCUUCUUACUCUUCUAAAGGGGCAACCUUUCCCCAUGGUCCCUUGCUGGCAAUUCCAAGGAAGAAGACAGGAAUUCUUGAAGAUGUUCGUUCUAACGGUUGGCUUGAUGCCAUGAAAUCAUCUUCUCCUACUCACAAUAAAGUAUCCAAGGAUGUUAGUCAUGGGAUUGGAUCAUCUGAUGCUGCUUAUAAUUCCUGGCUGCUUAAGUUUCCAUCAGCACUUGCAUCGUUUGAUCAAAUUGCAAACUGUGCUAAGGGGAAGAGAAUAGUAUUGUUUCUGGAUUAUGAUGGGACUCUUUCACCCAUUGUGGACAAUCCUGACUGCGCUUUCAUGUCAGACAAUAUGCGUGCUGCUGUUAAAAAUGUCGCAGAAUGUUUUACAACGGCAAUAAUUAGUGGAAGAAGGCGCGACAAGGUUUGUGAAUUUGUUGGAGUAAGAGAGCUCUAUUAUGCUGGUAGUCAUGGGAUGGACAUUAUUUGUCCUCGUAGACAAUCUAAUUCUGAUAAUCACCCUGAGUGCAUUAGUUCUGCUGACAAACAGGGUAUUGAAGUCAAUUUAUUCCAACCUGCUGCUGAAUUCCUCCCCAUGAUUGAAGAGGUACUUGAGUUGCUCAAGGAGUGUACAAAAGACAUUGAAGGAGCAUUAGUUGAGAACAAUAAAUUUUGUGCGUCUGUGCAUUACCGCAAUGUAGAUCAAGAGAAUUGGAGUAUUGUGGGACAACGUGUAUAUGAUGUUCUGAAGGAUUACCCACGUUUGCGUUUAACUCAUGGGCGGAAGGUUUUAGAGGUCCGGCCAGUGAUCGACUGGGAUAAGGGAAAAGCUGUCACAUUUCUACUUGAGUCACUUGGUGAGUUCGUUGUUUUUAUUUAAUGGUCGCUUUCUUUGAAGAUCUUAAU